ACACAGAUGGGCGCAGGCGGCAGCCGCGACAGCGGCGGCGACGACCCGGUGGAGCGCAUCAUGAGGGAGGCUCCGCCCGACCAAAUGCUGGCGUCCGUGCGCGACCUCCCGUUCCCCAAGGGCCACCCGAUGCUUGCCCGCUUCGCUGACGCUCUGGAGGCUGAGUACGUGCAGCGGCGGGGCCCGAUGGUCGGCAACUUUCUGGACGGGCUCUCGGAGGCGCGGGACAUGCCGGGCGUACGGCCCGAUGACUUCAAUGAAUGGGUGGCGUGGGUCGAGGCGCUCAUCCGCGUGUCGUACGAGCAGCGGCGGGGCAUCAUCACCAUGGAUCAGCUGCGGGCCGAGUGGGGGCUCGCGCAGGCGGCCGGGUAUGCUCACGCGCAGCCGGCCACGGCCGUGGCGCAGCCGGCCACGGCCGUGGCGCAGCCCGCCUACGCGCAAGCCGGCCCGGCUGUUGCAGUUGCGACGGCCGUGCCCGCCGGCGGUUACCCUCAGGCGACACCGGCGGGGGCCUCAGCCUACCCACAGGCUGUCCCCGCCGAUCCGCAGGGUACACCUGCGGUGGCCACGGCUGUGGCCUACCCGGCAUAGAGAGGUCGUGUGUGCAACCUGAAAGAGGUUGUGACACGAUCGAGCAGUUGUGGUUGUGACGGCAGCACUGUGCCUCUUCAGGCAGAUGGUUUCGGCGUGGCCCUCUCUGUGCUCCGUCGCCGGUGUAUUGCCGGCGCGUGUAGGCUCUCUCCGCGUGACCUCUCCCACCUUCUCUCUCUUGAGUCUUGCCCAGGGUGGAAGGCGCGCGGCGCGGUGUGGGCUGUGGCGCGUGUGCGCCCCACGCAGCACGCUGCGUCGCCGUGACGCCGGGUGUCGGAAUGGCGCAUGGUGUAUCGGUGUGUCCGGCAGGUGGGGUUUUUCGUGAGUCCAUCACAAGAAAUACAGAGAUGGCCU